AUGAUACUGGCGCUGGCAGGGAAGUCCCGCAUGAACCAAGAAAGUAUGAACCGACACUUUUACCUCGCGGGACUACAGUAUUAUGAGAAAAUGCUAGCACGUGCCCUUGAUAACACAUCUCCGAUUUUCAGUCAUUCCGAUCUUCAGAGGAAAAACGGCAUUGUGAAGAAGGUGAAUACUCGGGACGGUUCUGCCGACCUCCAAGUGUCGCUUAUGGGUUGGGAAUAUGUCGGUUGGUAUCCAGCCUACUGGGACUUCGUCGCCGCCUUCCUUGCCCCUCGAUGGGACGAUGACUGGUCAACCACGAUCAUGAAUGCCUGGACGUCUGGACGGCUGAAGCGUCGAUGA